AUGGGAGCUUUCCAGAGCAUGUUUUCGCGGUUAUGGUCGAAGAAGGAGGUCCGGAUAUUGAUAUUGGGACUUGACAACGCUGGAAAAACUACAUUACUCUACCGGCUGAAGAUUGGUGAAGUGGUGACUACGGUCCCUACAAUCGGUUUCAAUGUCGAGAGCGUCACAUACAAAAACCUGAAUUUCAAUGUCUGGGAUCUUGGUGGUCAAACCUCGAUUCGACCCUACUGGCGCUGCUACUACGCCAACACGGCGGCUGUCGUCUUCGUUGUUGACGCCACAGACCACACCCGUCUUGAGACUGCCGCCGAGGAGCUAGCAGCAAUGCUUAACGAGGACGAGCUGCGCGACGCAAGUCUGCUUGUGUUUGCAAACAAGCAGGAUCAGCCCGGCGUGCUGGGUGCAGCCGAGAUCAGUGAGGCAUUGAAGCUCCCAAGCUUGAAGGAAAGGAAUUGGAGCAUCUUUGGGUGCAGUGCUGUUACGGGUGAUGGUGUGAACGACGGCAUGGAUUGGCUUGUGACUACCGUCCAAGAGAACCAAUAA